GUAAGGGGUUGACGUGCCUGCGCAGCGCUUGGAGGGGGGAGUUGGUUGGGUCUGUGGACAUCCAGACUCUUACUCCAUUAAUGAUGCCAGCUCACCAUCUGCCUGUUCUGCAUUAAAAAUGAGGACCUUAAGACCUAGCAGCUCAAAUAUGAAGAAUGGCACUGCUACAUGCUCUGCCCUUUUACUGCAGAGAAACAGAGGUAACAGACACCUUAUCAAAAACCUUAGAGUCUAAUGAGGUAUUGUCUCCAUUUCAAAUUCCUCCACGGUCAACUGUGUCACAAGAUAGGUAUGAGAAGUUCAGGAAUGAAUUUCAAUGGUGCAGGCUUCCCUGGGGAGCAGAAAGAGAAUAUGGAGAAAUUGUUCCAGUUUCAUUGCCAGAAGAUCACAAGCUAAAGAAUGAGACUUCUUGUAUGUUUACUAAAGGACAUCAACAUUAUGGAGGUCUUCCCAUUGAGCAGAGUUAUGAUACAAUCCAGUGGAAAAAAAGUAACGUCUUCAUGAAUGAUGAUCUGCUCCCUAAACCACCAGAUGGUUCAAUUGAGCAACUGUGCCUGCCAUUUCCAGUCUCCCACCCCUACCAGACACACAUCUCCAGGUAUGCCAUGUUCCCAAACUUUAAAUCACCUGAGGAUAAAGACGUGAGCAUUGAAGCAAGCAGUCACCAGCCUUUUCAUCCUAAUAUCCCUACAAAGCCUUAUGAUGUGAUUAUUUUCAGAAAGACCAAAGGUAAUCCAUAUAGACAUGAAAUCAUCAGGAUUCCAUACGACUCCCAGAAGGAGGCCUUACAGUGGCCAGGACAGCACACAUACUUUCAUCUUCCUAAAUUUGUUGACGGAAGUGGUCAGAGGUAUUAUCCAAAGCCUCCAAAGACUGUGGCUCCCAAUACUACUUUUAAACCAUUAGAACCUAAUCUCUCUGCAAGAACAACCAACAUGCUACGGAAUUUAGAAAGGUCCCAUUGGAUAACAUCUUAUCACCAUGAUUUCACAGGUAGAGGUCCUAUGCAGCCCCUUGUAUUGGAUGAUUAUGAUGUGAAGCUAAUUGGCAGAAUAACUGGAGAAUUAGGGGAAGAUGUGAAACUUGUAAGUACUGCAGUUACCAGUAUUUGAUUCUGCAACCAGAUGUAACAUUUGUUACUAUAGUGCAUUUACAUGAUCACACGCAUUCUAACAUGGAGACAAAUGAUCAAAAGCUGAAUCAGGGUUAGUGUAUUUUGUUG